CGUGCCCACCCCAGGCCGCUUCACACAGCACUCUGCACUGAAGGGCCUUUCCUCCCCCAGGGAACCAUGGCAGAGAAGAUCCUGGUGACCGGUGGAGCUGGCUACAUUGGCAGUCAUUGUGUGCUGGAGCUGGUGGAGGCUGGCUAUGUCCCCGUGGUCAUAGACAACUUUCACAAUGCCAUCCGAGGGGCAGACGCGCUCCCCGAGAGCCUCCGGCGUGUGCAGCAGAUCGUGCGCCAGCCCAUCCUCUUCCAGGAGCUGGAUAUCACCGACGAGGCAGCGCUGCAGGAGCUCUUCAGUAAGCACCGUUUCUCAGCCGUGAUGCACUUUGCGGGGCUGAAAGCAGUGGGGGAGUCUGUGCAGAAGCCCCUGGAGUACUACAGGGUGAACCUCACCGGGACCAUCCGGCUGCUGGAGACCAUGAAAGCCCACGGCGUGAGGAACAUCGUGUUCAGCAGCUCUGCCACCGUCUACGGAGACCCCAAGUACCUGCCCCUGGAUGAGAACCACCCGGUUGGAGGCUGCACCAACCCCUACGGCAAAUCCAAGUACUUCAUCGAGGAGAUGAUUCGAGAUCUCUGCAAAGCAGAGAGGGACUGGAACGCCGUUCUCCUGCGCUAUUUCAACCCCAUCGGUGCCCACGAGUCAGGCAUGAUCGGAGAAGAUCCUCAGGGGAUCCCGAACAACCUCAUGCCCUACGUGGCGCAGGUGGCAGUGGGGCGCCGGGAAUUCCUGAGUGUGUUUGGGAACGACUACAAGACGGACGAUGGAACGGGCGUCAGGGAUUACAUUCACGUCGUGGAUUUGGCCAAGGGCCAUAUCGCUGCUUUGAAGAAGCUCAAGGAGAACUGUGGCUGCAAGAUCUACAAUCUGGGAACAGGCACCGGCUACUCUGUCCUGCAGAUGGUCCAGGCCAUGGAGAAAGCCUCAGGGAGGGAGAUCAAGUACAAGAUCACGGGCCGACGGGAGGGAGAUGUGGCCUCCUGCUACGCCAACCCGGCGCUGGCCGAGCGCGAGCUGGGCUGGAAAGCUGCCUUUGGCCUGGACAAGAUGUGUGAGGACCUGUGGCGGUGGCAGCUGCAGAAUCCCACAGGCUUCAGCAAGAACUGAGCCGUGACCCGAGGGCUCUCCUGGCUGCCGUGGGCUGCUCCGGGCCAGCCCUGCCUGCCUCCCCCCAUGGCCCCAGCGAGGCUGCGAUCAUCCUGGGUGCAGUUCCAGCUCCCCCUCCUGCCUCUUGCGUGGGGCAGGAAAGCAGGAGCAUCCCCAGCCUCUCCACUCCUCAUCCUCAUCCCCUCAGGUCCUUUGCAUCUCAUAGAGCAGAAACACAAGGAAGAAGGGAGCCAGAGCCUGGCUUUGGCACCCAGGGCACAAAACCCCCUCGUGGGAAUGCACAGGGGCUGGUGCCAGCCCCAGCAGGCAGAAGGGGCUUGGCUGGGCCCUGCAGCCGCUAUCGGAGCUGCUCCUAGGCCCUCCCUGUGCCCUGGGAAGCGGCCACAUCCAGCACUCAAACAAGGGAGUCCUGUUGAGCCCAAACUGCGGAGGAAACCCACCCGUUCCCUGCUGCACCCAGCCCCCAACCCGCCCAGCUCAGGGAGCAGCAGAGGGUCCCGGUCUCAGGGGGGAAGCCGGGGCACCCACUGCCCCCUGCCCUGGGCACGGAGAGGGCUGCUGAGCACCUACCUCAUGGCCUCGGGCCCCAGGAACCCCCUGAUCCCCCACUCCCACAGGGACCAGUCACAUCCCGAGGCCACCAUGGCUCAUUUCCCCAGCCUGGCUCCCCCAGGGCGAAAGCCCCGAUGGCUGCCAAGGGCUUCCCUCCCCCCACACCUUUUCCCCUGCCCCCCAGCGUGGUUUUGGGGACCAAAUCUCAUCUCCCAUGUGCUCCUGCCGAGCCCGAGGAGCCCCUGCCCAUGGCUGUGCCAGCCCUGGGCACGGCCGGCCUCGCCUGGCUGCACGCAGCCCCCCUGCUGCUGUUAGAUUUGGCUGGUGCCUGGUUUUGCUUUCACAUUGCCUGUGGCAGCCGCUUCCGUAAUCACGUUGCCAAAGGCUUCCCAGGAGAAGGCUCUGCUCAGCUGUCAAAUACUGGUCCUAUUUAUUACUGGCAGCUCUAACGGCUUCGUUAGGCAGCGAUGACGCAGUCAGCCCGGUUUGCUGUCAGUUGGAUUAAUAACUUAUGCUACUAAAUUAUGAAUUGAGCUUUUGAUUCGUUUUUAAAUAAACUUUCUUACUUUCUAA